AUGGACACCAGCAGGAAGAAGAAGCAGAACUCUAGUAAAAGAAAUAACGGGACAAGUCCCACAACUUCAACUCAAAAGAGUUUUGGAGCCAACAAGCUAGAAAUCGGUGAAAAUAAUGCUUCACGUUUAAUUGGUAGCAUUAUUGAAAAGGGUAUUUCUGAAACCCAACAAAACAAGCCUACUCCACCUCCUCAACUCACCGUUUUGCCUUUCCCUGUUGCUCGCCACCGUUCCCAUGGUCCCCAUUGGGGUCCGAUAAGUAGUAGAAAUUAUGGUAAUGAUGAUAAUGAGGAUGGCGAGAAGGAUGAUGGUGAAGAAGAUGAUGAUUCUGUUUACUUUAAUCCAAUAUCAGCUUUUGCGCAUCCUGUAAAGAGGAAGCAGAAAAAGGGUUUGGAUCUUAGCCGGUGGAGAGAGUUGCUACCCAGUGAUAAUUCAUUGGAGAUUGAUGAGGUGGACAAAAAUAGGGCUGGAUUCAAGAAAACAGGAAAAUAUACGAAGGAUGGAGUGGAGAAGAAAAAGUUACUAACUGACCAAACUCGAGCUAGUGAGUUUCCGAUGGAAGCGGAUGUAGAAGCGGAUUUAAGUUCUCCUAUGCCUCCAGCUAAAGUGAAAGAGUCUGUUACUUAUGUAGCUGGCAUGGAAAUAGAUAAUCAUGCAUUAUCAGAGAUGCUAAAGAAGCGAGAGAAGCUCAAUUCAACUGUAGUUUCUAGCUCUGGUUACAAUAGUUAUGGGAAUGAACAAGGAUCUGAGUCUCUUGAGAGUGAGAUUGAUGCAGAAAAUAUUUCCCGGUUGCAAAGCAUGUCAACUGAAGAGAUUGCAGAAGCACAGGCUGAGAUAAUGGAGAAGAUGAACCCUGAGUUGCUGAACUUGCUUAAAAAACGUGGCAAAGAAAAAUUGAAGAAAAAUGUCUCAAGGUCAGAUGAGGCUGUCACUAGUCAAGUAGAUAAUAUCCCAAUCAAGAAUCGCUUGCUCAAACACUCAGAUAGUUCUCCUCAUGUAGUGAGUGGAAGGCCUGAGAUGAUGACAGCGAAUAUAUCAAAAGACAUGAAGAGUGGGCUAGAUAACAAUGCGGUGCAUAAUUUAGGCACAACUGGUGGCAGUUUGUGGAAUGCUUGGAGUGAGAGGGUUGAAGCAGUUAGAGGAUUAAGGUUUUCUUUUACGGGGACUGUUAUUGCAGAUGAACCUGAGACUGGUAAUAUAUCCAGUGACGAUGGGUAUAGUGCUGAUAAUGUUGCUGAACGUGACUUUUUGCGGACUGAGGGAGACCCGGGUGCAGUGGGAUAUACAAUCAAAGAAGCAGUACAACUUACUAGAAGUGUGAUUCCGGCACAACGGGCUCUUGCAUUGCAUCUUCUUGCCUCUGUGCUUGAUAAUGCGAUACAUAGUAUUCAACAAAAUCAAGUUAGAUCUACUGUGAGAAAUGCUGAUCAAGUUGCCAAGUCAAAUGAUUGGGAGGCUAUUUGGGCUUUUGCACUUGGCCCUGAACCUGAGCUUGUUUUAGCAUUGAGGAUGUGUCUCGAUGAUAAUCACCAUUCAGUAGUUUUAGCUUGCGUGAAAGUUAUUCGGUCUGUACUCAGUUGUGAUUUGAAUGAGAAUUUCUUCGAAAUUUCUGAGAAAGUAGCUACUUAUGAGCAGGAUAUCUUCACUGCCCCUGUUUUCCGAAGCAAACCAGACAUUGACAAUGGUUUUCUUCAUGGUGGUUUCUGGAAGUAUAAUGCUAAACCUUCUAAUAUUCUGGCUUUUGCCGAGGAUAUCGUUGAUGAUGAGAUUGAAGGGAAACACACAAUUCAGGAUGAUAUUGCUGUUGCUGGUCAGGAUUUUGCUGCAGGUUUGGUAAGGAUGGGAAUCCUUCCUAGGAUGCGCUGUCUUCUGAAGGCUGACCCUACUGCUGCUUUGGAAGACUCUGUAAUUUCCAUACUUAUUGGUAUAGCAAGGCACUCCCCAACUUGUGCAAAUGCAAUUAUGAAGUGCCAAAAGCUUGUCCAUACGGUUGUCCACAGGUUCACUUUGGGAGAUAAUAUAGAAGCUCAUCCUUCUAAGAUAAAAUCUGUUAGCCUUUUGAAGGUGUUGGCUCAAUCUGACAAGAGGAAUUGCACAGAGUUAAUAAAGAAUGGGUCUGUUCAGGCUAUGAUGUGCCAUCUUUAUCGAUAUACUUCCUCCCUUGAUUACUGGCUAAAAUCUGGGAAGGAGAUAUGUAAACUAUCAUCAGCUUUGAUGGUUGAAGAACUACGUCUUUGGAAGGUCUGCAUUCAUUAUGGAUGCUGUAUAGCAUGCUUUUCAGAUAUCUUCCCUGCAUUAUGCUUGUGGUUGAAUCCACCUACAUUCAUGAAACUUCAAGAGAACAAUGUUCUUGGUGAAUUUGCUUCUGUCUCUAAGGAGGCAUACCUUGUCUUGGAGGCUUUGGCUAGAAAACUUCCAAAUUUCUUUAUGCAGAAGUAUGCAAGCAAUCAGAUGUUAGAUUAUGGUGGCGAUGAACAGGAAACUUGGUCUUGGAGUUUCGUUACUCCGAUGGUUGAUUUAGCUCUAAAGUGGAUAGCAUCCAUGAGUGAUCCAUACAUCUCUAAAAUCUUUGAGUGGGUGAAAGGAAUUAGGAGUGAUCUGGUUUUUCAAGAUUCAUCUGUUAGUUCCUUGCUGUGGGUCUAUUCAGCUGUCUUGCAUAUGCUUUCCACAUUGCUUGAGAGAGUGAUCCCAGAGGAUGCCUUGAGACUCCAAGGAAGUGGUCAGCACGUGCCAUGGUUGCCAGAAUUUGUUCCUAAGAUUGGACUUGAAAUUGUUAAAAAUGGGUUUUUGAGUUUCAUUGAUGAACUGUGCCAUUUGAGACAACAUAGUAAAAAUGAAACGUCAUUAGCUUCUGUUUGUUGCCUUCAUGGGCUAAUCCGGGCUUUUGUAUCCAUUGAUAAUUUGAUCCAAUUAGCUAAGAGUGGGAUCCAUAGUCCUCCUUCCCAAGAAUACAGAUUCUCAGGAGAAGCAAAAAUACUCGAGGAUGGGAUACUAAAGAGUUCUCUGGUGGAAUUGAAAUGCACGCUUAAUCUUUUUAUGAAAUUUGUGGCAUCAGAAUGGCACUCUGUGCAGUCAAUUGAGACUUUUGGUAGAGGAGGACCAACUCCAGGGGUAGGAAUUGGUUGGGGUGCCUCUGGUGGAGGAUUUUGGUCCAUGACUGUUUUGUUGGCUCAAACAGAUGCAAGAUUGCUAAUUGGCAUGCUUGAAAUUUUUCAGAAGUUGUCUCGCACAGAAGCCCCAACUGAUGAAGAAAUGGAGUUCACUAUGCACAUGAUCACUUCUCUAUUAGGAGUUUUCCUAUCAAUUGGACCAAGGGAUAAGGUUGUUAUGGAGAAGGCCUUAGAUAUUUUGCUUGAUAUCCCUAUUCUUAAGUAUCUUGACUUCUAUACACACAGAUUUCUACAAUCAAAUGAGAGAGUGGAACUCUUUGGAUGGGAACAUAAAGAAGAGGACUAUGUGUUCUUUAGUAACACAUUGGCUUCUCACUUUAAGAAUAGAUGGUUGUCUGUGAAGAGGAAAUCGAAAGCCACAACAGAGGACAAUAGAACUUCUCAGAAGGGAAAAUCAUCCCUGGAAACCAUACAUGAGGAUUUGGACAUAUCAGCUAUGACAAGGCAAGAUGAUUACUUAACUUCUUUGGCAGCAGAGUGGGCUCACCAGAGACUGCCACUUCCCAUGCAUUGGUUUCUUAGUCCAGUUGCAACCAUCUCCAAUAACAAACAGGGUUGUCUUCAAAGUGUUUCUGAUACAUGGAAUCUUACCAAGGACCCCCAUGAUACACUUGAAGUUGUUAAAGGUGGGCUUUUCUUUCUACUAGGGCUGGAAGCCAUGUCCACUUUCCUGCCCACUGAUUCCCCCUCUCCUGUUCGCUGUGUACCUCUAAUUUGGAAGUUGCAUUCUCUAUCUGCCAUACUACUUCUUGGAAUGGGCGUGCUUGAGGAUGACAAGAGUAGGGAUGUUUAUGAAGCCUUGCAAGACAUCUAUGGUCAGCUUCUUGAUGAAUCAAGAUCUAUUAGAAAUGCUGAACAUGUUUUGGAGGAUAACAUGAAUGUACUGCCAGAAAUUGGGAAGAAAUCUACCUGGGAGUUUUUGAGGUUUCAAUCAGAGGUUCAUGAGAGUUAUUCUACAUUUCUUGAAACUCUUGUGGAGCAGUUUGCUGCUAUAUCCUAUGGUGAUAUGCUUUUUGGCCGGCAAGUUGCUGUAUAUUUGCAUCGUUGCACUGAAGCUCCUGCGAGACUUGCUGCCUGGAAUGCACUGGCCAAUGCUCAUAUUCUUGAAAUUCUACCACCUUUGGAGAAAUGCUUUGCUGGGGCAGAAGGAUACCUUGAACCUGUUGAGGAUAAUGAAGGCAUUUUGGAAGCUUAUGUCAAAGCAUGGGUUUCUGGUUCUCUUGACAGAGCUGCAACUCGAGGAUCAAUGGCAUAUACCCUGGUUCUACAUCACCUUUCAUCUUUCAUUUUCCUGAUUCAUGCUAGUGACAAGAUAACGCUGAGAAAUAAGCUUGCAAAGUCACUUUUGCGAGACUACUCCAAGAAGCAGAGACAUGAGGGAAUGAUGUUGGAAUUGGUUCGGUACUACAAGCCAUUGACAUCUCACUUGCCUGAGAAGCAAGAAGGCUUGUCGCUACAGGUUAGGAAUAUUGAGAUAAGGUUUGAAGUACUUGUGGAAGCUUGCGAUAGAGAUUCCUCUCUUUUGAUUGAGGUGGAGAAAUUAAAAUCCGCUUUUGUAAAGAAAAAGUUUGACGAUUGA